AAAACAACAACAAUAACAACAACGUUAGUGUCCGUGUGAUUGGGUCAGACACAAACAGAGAACAAAAUCAGAUUUUGAGAAAGACAGACCCAAACAACACAAAAAUGGUCUCUAAAACCCCACCAACACAGAACAACAAUAUGUUAGCUGUUUUUGAUCCUGUGCUAAUCAGACAAACACUCAACAAGGUGGAUCAAUGCAUGAAUCGGCUACAAGAACUUCAGUUCACUGUGUCUGGUGGAACAAAGUUGGUUUCUGGAGUCAAUCUUAGCCCUCGCAGUACCAGAACUUAUCUCAGAACAAGUCUAAGGUGCAAGCAAGAAUCUAUUAGGAUCAAGAAUAGUGCACAAAAAACAUCUCCACUGGGGAAGUUUCCCAAACCAGCUAAUUUAGGAGGUGAGUGGAGGCAAAUGUCAUUGCCUGCAAUGCUUGUAGGUGAAACUGUUGCAGAAAUUUUACAGGCGAGUCAAUUUACUAGACAAAUAGUUUCUGUCGACAGUGCAAAAUUCUCCACCGAGGAACCGAAAACACCACUAUCCCAACCCUCAAACAAGAAAGCAGACCCUGAAAACUUACAGCUCAUUGCUAAAAGAAGGAAGGAAAAGCAAAAUAAACAACAAUCUGAUUUGUCACCAUCACCACCACUUCAAGGAGUGCGUUCGAGAAUCAACUUCAAGGUUUCUCCUCCAGUAAAAGUAAGAGACUUUGAUAAAGAGAAAGAGAAUAACAAGUAUUUAGCAAAUAGGGUAUCUCCAAGGAAUAGGCCAUGGGAAAGAAAGACAGUACUAUUCCCUAACCCUUUGUUUUCUUCUUCCACUUCUUCUUCUUCUUCUUCACAUCAACAAAAAAUUUGCAAGACAAGAUCACCUGUCAUAUCAAGAAAUAGAGUAGCAACAACACCACACAAGUUUCGGAUCAAAUCGCCACAUAAGUUUCUGAUCAAUUCACCAAAUAGAGUAACACCACCAUCACCACCACCCAAGUUUCGGAUCAAAUCGCCACAUACGUUUCUGAUCAAAUCACCGAAUAGAGUAACAACAACAACACCACCCAAGUUUCGGACCGAAUCACCACAUAAGUUUAUUAAUAAAUCACCAAAUAGAGUAACAACACCAUCACCACCACCCAAGUUUCGGAUCAAAUCGCCACAUACGUUUCUGAUCAAAUCACCGAAUAGAGUAACAACAACGCCACCACCCAAGUUUCGGACUGAAUCACCACAUAAGUUUAUUAAUAAAUCACCAAAUAGAGUAACAACACCAUCACCACCACCCAAGUUUCGGAUCAAAUCGCCACAUACGUUUCUGAUCAAAUCACCGAAUAGAGUAACAACAACAACACCACCCAAGUUUCGGACCGAGUCACCACAUAAGUUUAUUAACAAAUCACCAAAUAGAGUAACAACACCACACAAGUUUAGGAUUGAAUCACCGCAUAAGUUUCUGAGCAAAUCACCACCUUCACCCAAGAGAACUACAAGAUUAAACUCUCCAAAGAGAUGUGGUGCUGCAUCAAAGAGAUGCGGUGCUGCAUCAAAAUCGAGUCGACCUAUCUCUCCUUCUAGAUUGACUGCACCAACAAAGAACAAGAGAAGUGUGCAGAAAAGUGACGGAUUAACGUGUUUGAGUUCUCCUCCAAAGAGCAAGAAAAGUGAUGGAUUGGUGUGUUUGAGCAACAGUUCUCCAAAGAGAUCCGCUCCAUCAAAAUUACAUGGAUCUUUCUCUCCCUCGAGACUUCCAACAAGACUAGUUUCACCACUGAAGAGCAAGAAAAAUGUACAGAAAGUUGAUGGCUUAGUUAGUGGAUCGAAACAACGGCCAGCAACAACAGUGCAAUUGCCUGGUCCAAGAUUUAAGCACAUCUUGUGAUAUAUAUAUAUAUAU